GGAUAAUAUCAAUUACUUACCUGAUGGAAUUCUUGCCCACAUCCUCUCAUUCCUUCCAACAAAAGAUGCAGUGCGCACAUCCUUUCUAUCAAGAAGGUGGAGGUAUCUUUACACUUUGGUAUCUGAUCUUGAUUUGGAGUUGGAGCCUGAUUAUGAUGAUGAUGAUGAGGAUACACAAUUGGAUCAGCUUAUGAAUUUUGUAGAUAGAGUAUUGCUCUUCCGUAAGAGACCAUCUAUACUUAGAUUUCGCCUCAAGUGUGCUCAUUAUGACAACCAAUUUAACCCUUCUCGAAUUGAUGGGUGGAUUCGUGCUCUCAUGUGGCAUAGGAUUCAAGAGUUUGAGCUUGACAUAUGCGAGUCUGAUUUUCAUCUUGAGGUCCUGCCUGCUAGUUUAUUUACUUGUGAGACACUAGUGGUUCUGAAAUUGUAUUUGGAUUGGUGCUAUGAUAGUCUUAAGGUGCCAUCCAAGGUUUGUCUCCCAAGGCUCAAGGUUCUUCACAUUUGUGCUGGCUUUUCAUUUGACGGCUCUGAUCAAAACUUGUUUUCUAGUUGUCCAGUUCUUGAGGAAAUGGUUCUGGAUAAAUGUGCCUUGAUGCAUCCUUGUUUCGAAUUCAACAUAUUUAUUCCUACACUCAAGAGAUUGACCAUAAAAUCCAUGACAAUUACUAAAACAACAGGGGCUACUCAGGUUGUUAUCAAUGCCCCAAGUCUAGUAUAUUUUAGUUACUCUGACUCGGAAUUCCAGUUCCUUGUGUUUGUAGGUGUGCAGUCUCUUCAUGAAGCAGUUAUUGACUUUUAUUUUGUUUGUGGACGUUAUAAUCAUUCUGAACUUUAUGUUGCUGCUGCGGUUCAUCUUUUGACAAGGAUAAAGAGGAUUCAGUCGCUUCAAAUUUCCACUCGUACUCUAUGGAGUCUCCAAGACCAUAAAGUUCCCAUCCCUUUGUGGCUUCACAUGACUCACUUGAAAAUUUUUGAGACAUAUUGGCGUGCAAACUUUACUUGUCUGCAAUACUUUCUUGCGCGUUCUGGCUGUCUAGAAACUCUGAUUAUCGAGGAACUUCCAGCUGAAUGGGUUGUUCAUCUCUGGCUAGUAGAUAUUACUUGUCUGUCAUUUCGCCUGAAGACAAUUGAAAUCCUGUCAUUUAAAGGGGAAGAAAAUUGUAUGAAAAUGGUUGAGUACUUUUUAAGUACUGCCAAGGUUCUAGAGCAGAUGACAAUUCAUAUCAAAGAGGGAGAGGCAAAACAAUUGCAGAUCACUAAGGAGUUAUUGAUGCUACCAAGAGUCUCUUUGAGAAGUCGAAUCAUAAUUGUUUAGUUUUCUCUAUUACUGGCAGCAAUUAUUUGAUGUUCUUCCUGGACUGGAUUGGGAAUUAAUUAAGCACUACUGGAUGGAGUUACAAAAGAGAGACCCUCGUGAGCUACCCUUUUUUUUGGUGUUUUCCUUUUUGCCUCAAGACCGGUACAGACUGCCUAAAAGAAGUAGAAAUGGUGUUUUGCAAGAAAUUGCUGGCCUUUCUGUUAAGAUGAAAAGUACUUUAUAAUGUUUGAUUAUCUUAGUUAAUGUUAUGCCUCAUCAUAGGUCAUACUCUAAACUCAAUGUUUGAUCUAAUUAUUAUCUUAUUUCCAUUUUGUUGAAAAUAAUCUUGUUUUGCAAUU